CUCCACUGCCAGUGCCAGUCUCCCAUGCUCUUUGUAACCAGCUCCCCUCGCUUUCUCUCUCUAAUACGACCUCCUCCGCUUCUCUCUCUUCAAAACCUCAGCUUCUCCCCCAAGAAUCUCUACUUAUCAUCAAAAAUGGAGUCGGAAUCAUCUACGACGCUCGUGCUUUGCGGAAAGUCGGCUGCAGAAGACGAAUUUGCGCGGCGCUUGAAGACGAACAACGCAUUGAAACUCCCCGAUGGAUCGCCGGUGAGUGUGUGUUUGCAUUCGGAGACUGAGAGUGCUGGCAACGACGGCGUUUUUCGUGUGAAUUCGUACAUGAAUUCUAUCUCGACUUCUCGUUUCGGGAGGCUGCUCGUUUACUCUCCUCGAUUAGCUUCCACGCAUGAUGUUGUUGCGAAUAAUUUUGGUGAGUUGCCCAUUGGUUCUGUGUGUGUUGCUGACGUGCAGUUCAAGGGCAGAGGUCGGUCGAAGAAUGUAUGGGAGUCACCAAAGGGAUGCCUUCUCUUUUCAUUCACAAUUCAGAUGGAAGAUGGGAGAGUGGUGCCACUUGUGCAGUAUGUAGUUUGUUUGGCUAUGACUGAAGCAGUUAAUGAUGUCUGUCGAAGAAAUGGAAUGCCUUCACUAGAUGUCCGGAUAAAGUGGCCAAAUGAUCUGUAUCUAGAUGGUCUUAAAGUGGGUGGCAUUUUGUGCACAUCAACAUAUAGGUCUAAAAAGUUUAAUGUCAGUGCUGGAAUCGGCUUGAAUAUCGAUAAUCAAAGACCAACAACAUGCUUGAAUGCUGUGCUGCAGAGGUUGGGAUAUGCUGCGAAUCAACUACAGCGUGAAGAUAUCAUAGCAGCUUUCUUCAAUAAAUUUGAGGUCUUUCAUGAUAUCUUCCUCAGCCAAGGCUUUCAGGCACUGGAGAACCUCUACUAUAAAACAUGGCUUCACAGCGGACAGCGAGUUAUUUUACAGGAAAAGAGUGAGAGUGAAGACCAAGUUUCUGAAAAUGUUGUCACAAUCCAGGGCUUAACACCUUCUGGAUAUUUAUUGGCUGCCACUGAUGAUGGUCAGAUAUGCGAGCUUCAUCCAGAUGGAAAUAGUUUCGAUUUCUUUCAAGGACUGGUCAGAAGGAAAUUGGCUUGAACAAGCUUCCAUUCCAACUUUAAACCCCAAAAGAAAAGAGGCCAUCACCAUGUGAAUUCAUGACUUGUGAGUUACUAUCUUUUUCUCUUUUACAUGCCAAUUAUUGUGGUCAAACUUAAUCAUUUUACUCAGUUUUGGCAUCAUUAAACUCCUAGGUUAGCCUGCCCUUUUCCACGUAAAAGACAAGCUUUGAAUGAUUAGUUCCAAGAAGAUUUGCAGCAGCUUCAACUCUAUACUUCACUUUUCUGCCUUUAUUAAUCUUUACUUUAUACUCAAAAAUAUUCUUGUUUUUGUUUACCUUAUUAAAUUAAGGGCACUCAUAUAUUCGACUAUAAAUUUAUCAUUUCAUGUAAGAGAAGGAACCAAAAAACUUUGGGCGGAAAUUAGUGACACUCUGUCAUUGAUUGGUUUCAACGCUUUUCGUCAGAGCUUUGGUAUUUUGUACAUACAAACAAUACAAGUUUAUUAAGCGAGUAUUUUAAAUUGAGUCAUUUUAAUAUGUGAAUCAAA